AUGUGUCUUCCCAACCAUGUGAAGAACUGCCAGAAUGGUACCCAUCCACAAAGCCGGCAGCCUGGAUCGGUAGUGAACUACCGAGGUAUUUCCAUACUCUGCUGCUUGGGCAAAGUGCUUGAAACACUUGUUCACCACUACCUAUACAAUGCCGCUAAACCGAUUGUGUCCGAAAAUCAGCAUGAACGCCGGUCGCCAACUACAAAUCUGAUGUGCUACGUGAACAAAUUUUUCCAUGCGAUGGAGAAUCGGCGCCAGGUAGACUCAGUUUAUGUGGACUUCUCAAAGGCUUUUGACACGGUACCUCACACUUUUGCCAUUGCUAAACUGAAGCACAUAGGAUUCCCGGAUUGGAUAACCAGUUGGCUGAAAUCCUACUUAUCGGACCGCAAAGGUUAUCUACUAUAUUUGAUAUCCCUUCCGGAGUUCCACAAGGAAGCGUGCUUGGACCCCUAG